GUGCUCCAUGUGGUACCGAAAGCCCUUGGGAGUACAGCUUCCAAACUGUGAAGCAGUUGAGGGCCUGCCCUUGCUCCUACUGUAAGCUGCCAUCCUCAUCUGUACACACCUUCCCCAGCGCAGGCUCAGCCAGGUCCACAUCAGUCAAUCAAGCACUCCAUGAACAUCACCCCUGUCCCCGCUGCUGCCACCACGGGACUCGCACUGGGGAGGCACGGUUAAAGCCUGCCGCUUCACUUCAGAACCGCGCCUUCCUUGGUUUUGCCUGCGAAAGGGAAAUCUGCUUUAGCUCCCAGGACCUUCCCCUUCUGCCUGGAGACGAAAAACACUUGUGCAGGGUUUUAUGUUUUCCUAGCUGGCUCCAGUGUGCUUGCUAGAAAAGCCAGCGUGUUUUCCUUUCUUGUGCCUCCAGGGGCUUAUUUCAGCACUAUACUCAGCUCAGCAGUGCCACCGCAGACAGCAGCUCUCCCCACUGCCUUGAAGCAGCAGCAGCAGGCAGAGGAUGCUGAAGCUGCAGGGCCUGGGGCCCUGGCUCCUGGGCUACAGCCCAAGCCUGGUGCUUGCUGCACCUGGUCCUGCAGAUCCUGCACUUGCUCAGUGACCUGGGCUUUCUAACCAGGACUGACAAAACAAGCCUGGGGAGGUAUUUGCUGCUGAACAAGAUGUGAGUGGAAGCCCAGCCUUAGCAGAGGUGCUAUGCCCCUGUGGUGCUGCCAGCAGGCACCAGGGAGGGGAAGCCCCUCGAGCCCUCUCCUGGACCAGAGAGGUGGGCAAAGCUCAGCUGCUCUCUUUAUUGCACACUCAAACGGGAUGCAAAAUGUGAUUGCUUAAAACUCACUGAAACGAUUUUCAGCUGAGACAUGCUAGCUGGUGUUUGAAACAAAGGUUUUUCGUCAAGCCAGCGUGUUUUACCUCCUGCUUGCUGCAAGCUGAGCGCACAGCCUCUUCCCAGACCCCCCCUGGGAAGGCCCAAAUCUGAGCCUCCUGCUGCACAGGGAGGUACUGUUGUAUCAGCUGGUUGAGCCUGUCCAGUUCUGAAUAUAAAACCUCCCUCAGCCCAGGGAAAACGUUUACCAGAUCUUGAAGCCACAGGAGACGCAUGCCAGCCACCCGCCCUCUGCUAACCAUCACCCAUCUGCUGUGAUCCUAGGUUUUUCGAUUUGAUCCCCGCAAUGCUUCCUGGCUCCAGGUUGCCAGCAUGCUGGAGAGGCGGACACGCUUCCAUGCGGAUGUAUUGUCCGAUCGCAUCUUUGCCGUGGGUGGUGGGACGCUGCUGGGGACCCUCACCUGCACCGUGGAGCUGUACCAGCCCGCUGACAACAAAUGGGAGUUCACAGCACCUCUUCCUGUGCCUGUUGCUGAUCAUGCAGGCACAACCCACGAGGGAAUCCUCUAUAUCUCAGGUGACAGAGCUGGUAGAAAGCAGCGUAUUUUCAUAGUUUCGAUGAUUUUUGCUGGCAUCCUAAUGUCACAGUUUAACCCUGAGCCCACACCAGUAACACCCACAGCUCCAGCCUCCCUUUCCUGCUGUGCUAGCACAGCCUCGCUGCUCUCCCGAAGGGCAAGCAUUAUUUUCUUUCCAAAACAUGAAAGGUGACCUCACCUGCUUGCAAAUCCACACCCCUGCUCACCUCUGACCUUGCAAUCCUGGCUGAAUCCCAAAGCUUUGCUGUCUGAAAAGGUAAACCAGGGGCAGGCGGCCGUAGUGUUAAUACCAGGGUGGGAUACCCUGGUAUUAAUCUGAAGGGAAGAUGCAGGACUAACCCUGCUGCGCUGCUUUGUUCAUCUGUGCAAAAAGAAGUUUAAUGCAGGCUCUUCCCCUUACCCUCUGAGCCUGCACCGCUCCUGCCCUGCAGGGGAUCCUCAGCCUUUUUGGGGCUCAGUGGUAGGUGCAGGCUGUUUAAAGCUGCACUUCAGGAAACUGUUGUAGCACCUUUAGCUUUUGUAGCUACUAAUUUGGACUUGGAAGAUAACCUUUGGUUUGUCCUAGGGAAAGCAUUGUGUUGCUUGUGGUGUUGCCUCUGCAGUUAAAAGUCCUGGGCUCCUCUGCCAUCGCUGUAGGCUCCCUCCUUCCUAAACCAGUCACAGCCAGCUGGGAUCACUGUACUGCUCCAGUCCAGAUUAACUUCAGCUGCGGUUGUGACGGUUGGUACCCCCGAGGCCUGCACAGGCCAUCCUACCCCAAUGCGCUCCUGCUGACUGGGGCUCCAGCACCGGCAGCGCAGAUGCCUGGGAAGGAAGAGCUCUGGUUUGGCUGGGGGAACGGCCGUGGCUCAGGUGCAAGUGCCUGCUUUGGCUCUGCUGGCCCAUGGUGCCACAGGCAGCUCAUUUAACCCCUCCUGGUCUCGAUUCCUACCAGAGAGCAAGGCCAAAAUUGCCUCACAGAGCUCCAGACGUACCACAGUGAUUCAGGCUGGAUAACCUAUAGCCCUCGGGUACAACAUCUUACCCACCUGCAGCAUUCAUUUCCUUCUGAACUAGUGGGGCAAGGGCAGAUUUGAUUUGGCCAUGCUACAGCCCUGCCCAAGCAAACUGAAAAGUUAAGAGCAUAAUUUCGGUACCAGUUUGAAACACAAGCUCCAUACAGACAAAGUGUCCCCGCACAGAAAGCACCAAAGCCCAGGUGAGCUGGGGCUUACAGCCAACCUGAAACAUCAUCCUCCUCAUUGGCAAAGACUCCCUACAGGCUGGCAUUCAACAGGCAGCCAGCUGGAGGCCUUCACCCUUCCCACAGCAGCACCUCCCUCUGCAAGGAGCUUUCCAUUAUGCUCCCCCAAAGCACCUGAGCGAGAGCCUAGUAAAGGGAAAGCUGACCACAGCCCAGCAGGUUGGUUCUGAGCUGCUGCUGAAGAUCCAAAGUUCAAGGAGCUUUGAACACUUUUCUUUCAGCCAACCAUUCUGCUACGUGCAUGGUGGGAGCAGAAUCCCUAGUUAAAGCUGUUCUUGGUUACACCUGAAAUACCCCAAGAGCUUUACUCAAAAAUCUGUUGUGGAAAACCAUUCACAGAAAGAGCUGGAACUGGUUGGUUUGGUUUGUUUUUUUUCUCUCUUUAAAAUACCCAAGAAGCUCAGGUUUUAAAUGUCACACCUCAUCAGCUCUGCAGAAUGAUUUUAAACCUGAGCUUCUUAGGUAUCUUAAAGAAAAAAAAUCAGCUCUGCUGAUGUUUGCAGAAGGUUUGUUGGACAUCAGAGGCGGUGAUGGAUGAUUUUUAAGACUUCUGCUUUCCUUCUAGGGGGCUUCUCUGGGGGCAAAACCUUACGAGACAUGUACAGCUACCUCCCUCGCCUGCGACGCUGGGUUGGCAACAGUGCCAUGGCUUUUCCCCGCUGCGACCACGGGAUGGCUGCUGUCAGGGACAGGCUCUUCUGCAUUGGGGGAAGGACACUGAAAGGAGUGGAGGAGUGGGUUCACGUCAGCGAGACAGAGUAUUACUGUCCUGUAAGCAAUCAGUGGACGACGCUAACGCUUUCCCCAUUCAGCUGCUGCCAGUUCAGCAUUGCAGCCCAGGGCUCUAUGCUCUGCCUGGCAGGAGGUGGGUCACUGCGGCUCAUCCAGAAAGAGGACAGCGUUUUCCUGUAUGACACAGAGGGGCAGGUUUGGAGGAAAGCCAGUCCCCUGCCUAAAGCUCUGGUGGAUCACGCCUCCUGCAUGAUUAGACUGUCCCAAGUGAUUGCAGCUGGUGAGAUGGGGAGAGGCCCAAAGUGCUCCCCCAUGGGCAGGAGGAAGGCAUCUGCCCUCAGCUCGUUCAUCACGAAGAAACACGAGUCCCACCCUGCCUCAGAAAAGGAGUAGGAUGCGGAUAUGUCAAGCAGGUCUGACAGCGCUUGCCAAGGCAUUAGUGUUCUAACAACUCUUCUAGUUGCCAGCCAAACACCUUUCUUUAGCAGUGGUUGGGAACUGGUGCAUUUCUGACUUGGUGCUAUCACGGUGACAGGC